GAUGCUCUCACAAAGCACACGUUCAUCAUAGGCAAUAAUCAUAGAGUGCAGGUGAGUCAGCCUCGUCGACUAACUGACUUUAAUUCUGCCCACCAAGAGAGCUAUCACCUGGACGACACGGAGAACAGCCACCCGUCCCCAUCGACAAACAGCUCACACUAAAAAGUUUCACAGCUGACGUAAAACAUGAAGGUAUUUAUCCUGCUACCUAUCACAAUAGCCUUUUCCGUCGCCUUGGUAGGGUUCACGAAAAUACGGAAAAAGGAGCACGACAGACACGAAAAACAGAGUAAGUUUCAGGAUGUCAAGCUGCGGGUGACCUACGAAAUUCUGCAUGAGUAUCAGAGUGAGAAAUCCGAGGCGAAAGCUCACCUGGAGCGCACCACAGUUGACCUGAAGGCGCUCACCGAGGAAGUGAAAACGCUCCAGUCCACCGCAGAUAAGGCGAAGAGUGAAGCCGACAAUUGCAAUGGAGAAAAGAAAAUUGUGACAGAUCAGCUGGCGGCAGUCAAGUCGCUAUUAAAAAAUCUCCAAGAUGAGCUCACUAAGAUGCAGACCGGAUGGACAGCCGAGGUGCAAACACUCAAACAGCAACUAGCAGCAAGGAGCGCAGUGUGUAAUUUUUUGAAAGCAGGAACAAAAGACGCAAGCAAACUGUGUGAUGAGGAUCCAAAGGCAGAGGCCCCCAAGCAAGAAGAGCCAAAGGCGGAGGCCCCCAAGCAAGAAGAACCAAAGGCAGAAGCCCCUAAAAAGGAAGAACCAAAAGCAGAGGCCCCUAAAAAUGAAGAACCAAAAGCAGAGGCCCCUAAAAAGGAAGAACCAAAAGCAGAGGCCCCUAAAAAGGAAGAACCAAAAGCAGAGGCCCCUAAACAGGAAGAACCAAAAGCAGAGGCCCCUAAACAGGAAGAACCAAAAGCAGAGGCCCCUAAACCAUAAGAGGCUAAUUAAAACCCGUUUCCACUCAUCCUGAACACAUCAUCUCUUUAAAAAAACAAAAAAACAAUCAGUUUCAACAAGAUUCCAGCACAGAAUGAUUUGUUUUUACCAACGGUGAACUUUUGGUUUUGUUACGAACAGUGUGCAAAUUUGACACCUUGUGUUUCAGGAGAGUUAUUAACACUCCAACAGUCAGGGUGGUGGGGUUGUUGAAUAAAUACACUAACCUGUAUCCUGGUCACACAGGUUUAAUAUUCAAUGUUUGGUGUGUGUGUGUGUGUGUGUGUGUGUGUGUGUGUGCACAGCACAUGGUGCGUUCAAGUGUCUUUUUUUAUUAAGAACAUGCAGGUUUGCUUAAUUAUCAGCGACAAAGCAGCCAUUGCUCCUUUUCACAACCCAGUAUAUUGUUUCAAUAUAUGUGUGUGUCUAUAUAUAUAUAUAUAUAUAUAUAUAUAUAUAUAUAUAUACACAAAUAAGUCUGAACCAGGAAGAAGGUCUGUUUUAUUGGCACUGUUCAACCUGCACACUAUCUGUACCUUUUUGUUACGUUUCUUUUGCUUCUCUAAAUUAUGAUUUAUUUUUUCUGUCCUUGAGUUUUUUUUUCCUCUGUUAGAUAACUCCUCAAUCUACAAUUCUGAAAACACAAAAUAGUUAUUGAAUAAUCGUUGUUAACCUUGUCUGGCUCUCUUUCUUUUGAGUGACCCUGCCUCAGGGUGUGUGUGUGACAGGGAGAGAGAAAGAGCGCGAGUGCAAAGCACAGACCAAUCAGAGAACACACAGCACACGUUGGUCUGUCUCUCUGUAUAAGCUUCAUUCUGCUUGUUGAAACUCUGGAUGUGCGCUUUGUGGUCUUGCUUCAAGCUUCGACAUACAUUUCUGUUAGAGAUUUCAAUAAAAUGUUGUACCUAAA